AAACCCCCACCCAAUAACCCAAACCAUCCCCACCCAAAUGACGUCAUAACAAAAAAUAAAAAUAAAAAUGAAGGCACCUCUUUCAUCAUUGUCGCCGGUAAAUCAGAUGGUCAGAAAAGCUCGAAUAUCAACGCCGUUCAUCUUCACCGUUCUUGCUUUCAUUAUCUUCGUCGCCAUUUUGUACGGCCAGGAUUUCGCCUGCACUUUCUCAAGCUUCGACAAUCAUCAACAACCGCAAACACUCGAUAAUUCCCCUCGCAAUCCCAAACUUCACUCCAACUUCGUUGAGAGGAAGGAUAAGAAGAAGGGGAGGAGAGAGAAAAAGCUUCCGUUCGCGGUGGGGAGUACGGCGGAGAGUUGUGAUAUAUUCGACGGAGAAUGGGUUCGGGACAUGGAGAGAAAACCAAUGUACGAAGAAUGGGAAUGCCCUUACAUUCAGCCUCAGUUGACUUGUCAAGAACAUGGUCGUCCAGAUAAGGACUACCAACACUGGCGUUGGCAGCCUCGCGGUUGUGAUCUUCCCUCAUUCAAUGCAACCUUAAUGCUGGAGGCUCUUCGAGGCAAGAGAAUGCUGUUUGUAGGCGAUUCCUUGAACAGGGGUCAGUAUGUUUCCAUGAUCUGUCUUCUGCACAGACUUGUACCUGAACAAGGCAAAGUGAUGGAAAGCUCUUACUCUUCAUUGACAGUUUUCAGAUUAAAGGAUUACAAUGCAACAGUUGAAUUCUACUGGGCACCUUUCCUGCUAGAGUCAAACUCUGAUGAUGCUGUUGUACACAGAAUAGCAGAUAGAGUAGUUCGCAAGGGAUCAAUAGCUACACAUGGAAAACACUGGAAAGGUGCUGAUAUUGUGGUGUUUAAUACAUACCUCUGGUGGAUGACUGGUCUUCAGUUCAAGAUCUUGAAAGGGUCUUUCAAAGAUGAAGUGCAGGAAAUUGAAGAGCUCUCCACUGAGGAUGCUUAUCGGAUGGGAAUGAAGAGCAUGUUGAAAUGGGUUGAGAGAAAUAUGGACCCAAAGAAAACCAGAGUCUUCUUCACUAGCAUGUCACCUACUCAUGCAAAGAGCAUAGAUUGGGGAGGCGAGGAAGGCGGCAACUGUUAUAACGAAACAACUUUGAUAGAGGAUCCUGAAUACUGGGGUUCAGAUUCUCGUAAAAGCAUAAUGAAAGUUAUUGGAGAAGAGUUUAGCAGAUCUAAGGCCCCUGUAACAUUUCUUAACAUCACCCAAUUAUCCAGCUACCGGAAGGAUGCACACACAGAAAUUUAUAAGAAGCAAUGGGGUCCUCUGACUCCAGAACAGCAAGCAGACCCUAAGAGCUAUGCUGACUGUGUCCACUGGUGUUUACCAGGAUUGCAAGAUACAUGGAAUGAACUACUAUUUGCAAAACUUUUCUAUCCUUAACAUGCAAGAGGGCCUGGUGUAUAUCUAGUGCUUAUGUGAUUUGCCUUCUCUGAGAUUGGCUAAUAUAGAUGAAAGCAUCCUGGUGCCUGACUUGAUUUUGGAAAGAAGAUGAAUCCAGGAACCAAGAAUGAACAAGUUUUGUGUACAAAUUACGAUGAAUAUGUUUGUAAAGAAAUAUGAGUGAUUCAAAUUAAUUGGAUUAAUUCUUUGUACAUGAGAAGUCAUGUAAUGCAGAGUACUGCAGAAAAAUUAUUACAGAAAUGAAAGAAUACUGCAGAAAAUGAUUACAGAUAUGAAAUUUCUCAACUUUUUUCAA